AUGUAUAAAAUGGAAUAUUCUUACCUCAAUUCCUCCGCCUACGAGUCCUGUAUGGCCGGGAUGGACACCUCGAGCCUGGCUUCAGCGUAUGCUGACUUCAGUUCCUGCAGCCAAGCCAGUGGCUUCCAGUAUAACCCCAUAAGGACCACUUUCGGGGCCACCUCAGGCUGCCCGUCCCUCACUCCAGGAUCCUGCAGCCUCGGCUCGCUCAGGGACCACCAGAGCAGCCCCUACGCAGCAGUUCCUUACAAACUCUUCACCGACCACGGCGGUUUGAACGAGAAGCGGAAACAGCGGCGGAUCCGCACCACGUUCACCAGCGCGCAGCUCAAGGAACUGGAGCGGGUGUUCGCGGAGACGCACUACCCCGACAUUUACACCCGGGAGGAGCUGGCGCUCAAGAUCGACCUCACCGAGGCCCGAGUGCAGGUGUGGUUCCAGAACCGCCGCGCCAAGUUCCGAAAGCAGGAGCGGGCGGCGGCGGCUGCGGCGGCGGCCGCAAAGAACGGAGCGGCCGGCAAGAAGUCGGACGCCUCCCGCGACGACGAGAGCAAGGAGGCCAAGAGCACCGACCCCGACAGCACCGGCGGCCCCGGGCCCAACCCCAACCCCGCGCCCAGCUGCGGCGGAGGCGGCGGGCCCAGCCCCGCGGGGCACGCUGGGGCCGGGGUUGAUUUCAUGGAGAACGUCGGGAUCGGGACAGAGUCACGGAAACGAGCGGCGCUCCGCAGCAUCGCUUUCAGGCUGCGUCCGCACCAGGAAGGCCAGAACCGCGGUGCCAUCAUUAGGCCCUAA